AUGUGGACAGCGCAGUGGAUAUCUGCACUCGAAAGAUCCGUCGAGAUUUUGCCUCAUCCUCCCCUCGUACCGUACGAUACACCGACGAUGGACUUCGACGCCCAGAUCUCAUAUCGCGAUGGCUUGAUGCUUGGUCUCAUACAUCUGUUUGGGAUUUCCUACUUCGUCUGUUUCGUGGUUUCCUUCUUUCUCUAUCAUUUCCCCAAGUCUCCCGGCGCCAUUCUCAAGGCACAGGUGGUUACAUUCUACAGUAUGGGGGUGCUGCUCUGGGAGCUGUCCAGCCUGACUUGCACUAUGGCUCUGAUCUACACUACGGCUGUCCCGAGUAUCGCUGCGGCCCAUCGGCAGCAAAGCUAUCUCCGCUCUGUCUACCUUUCCGGCUUGACCAGUCUGGCCAUCGGCAAGAUCAGCACAAUCCUCGCUCAGACCUCAGACUCGUCCAUGGCACGGAGCAGCUUUCACUGGGAUUGCCUCUGGCUUGGGUUUUGGGCAUUGGUACCAUCAGUUCAUGCGCUGCAGACACAGGAAAGUCCACCACCGUUGACCGUUAAUCUCGUCCGGAUUGCUACGUGGAGUUUGUUGGCGGCGGCCGGCUGUGCUGCGCAGGUUCCCGAGCGUUUAGAGUUGGUGGGCAACUGGCAUCCGAGCCUGUACGCGAUGCAUCUCGUCUUGGUGUGGAGCAGCAUCUCGUAUGCCCAAGGGGUCUGGGAUAUGACACUCUGA